UACUUUUACGUGAUAGCCGGAAGCGGAUGCCGUAAACCGGAAGCGGAUGCUCGUGUGCACUUACUCUGACCGUGUUUGAUGCGCAGGCGCAGCAGCGUUGAAGCGGAUCUCCGAACGCGGUGUGUGUUAAAAUGAGCUCCAUCGGCACCGGGUACGACCUGUCGGCCUCCACCUUCUCUCCUGAUGGCAGAGUGUUCCAGGUGGAAUACGCCAUGAAGGCCGUGGAGAACAGCAGCACGGCGAUCAGUAUCAGGUGUAAGGACGGCGUGGUGUUCGGGGUGGAGAAACUGGUUCUAUCCAAACUGUACGAGCAGGGCUCCAACAAACGCAUCUUCAACAUCGACAGACACGUCGGCAUGGCGGUGGCUGGCCUGUUGGCCGAUGCUCGCUCGCUCUCUGAAGUGGCCAGGGAAGAAGCCUCCAGCUUCAGGUCUAACUACGGACAUGACAUUCCUCUGAAGCACCUGUCGGACAGAGUGGCCAUGUACGUGCACGCCUACACACUGUAUAGUGCCGUGCGGCCGUUCGGCUGCAGCUUUAUCCUGGGCUCGUACGACAAAGACGACGGUCCUCAGCUCUACAUGGUCGACCCGUCGGGCAUCUCACACGGUUACUGGGGCUGCGCUAUCGGAAAAGCCAAACAAGCCGCCAAGACAGAAAUUGAAAAACUUCAGAUGAGGGACAUGACCUGCAGGGAACUCGUCAAGGAAGUCGCCAAAAUAAUCUACAUCGUUCACGACGAAGUGAAAGACAAAGCAUUCGAGCUGGAACUGAGCUGGGUUGGAGAAGUCACAAAUGGCCGACACGAGCUGGUGCCUAAAGACGUGCGAGAGGAGGCAGAGAAAUACGCCAAGGAUUCUCUGGAGGAAGAGGACGACUCUGAUGAAGACAAUAUGUAAAUCAGCACUGGACCCCCGACCUCUGACCCCUCUUCGACUAAUUUUUUAUGUUUUAUAGUUCAUGAACUUUCACGUUUGGUCUGUUUUUGCUUUUGGUUUGAAUUUCAGCUUUGACAAAAAUAAAGUUUGAAAAAAGUA